AUGAAAAGUUAUAUUCUGAGCUUUUGGAUAUUUUGGAGUUUUGUGGAUUUUUCAAAUUCUGCUCAGGUGCCAAGGAUACAAAAUGGGAUUGUUGGCGAACCCGAAGUGAUUUGUGACAUUCGCCAUAUUAAAAUCACUAUGAAAACCAAGGACACAUUUGUUGGAAAUCUGUAUGCCAAGGGAUUUUUCCACAAGUCCGAAUGUCGGGUCCGUGGAAAUUCGACAGCGAAUUCAGUGGAAAUUGUGAUUCCCGUGGAUUCGGACUGCGGAAUUCGUCGGAAGCGAAUGAUGAACCCACGUGGCAUUCUGCUGGACACAAUUGUGAUUCUAAUGUUCCACCCGGUUUUCCUGACACAAACUGAUAGGAGUUAUCAUGUUCAGUGCCAGUAUACAGAAUCUGAGAGGACUGUGACGAACGCAUUGGAUGUUAGCAUGCAGCCGGCGUCGGAACUUCCACAGAGUAUACAGCAGAAUGAUGAAGAAUCUGCACCUGUUUGCAAAUAUGAGGUUCUGAUGGAAAGUGCUAAUGGACCACCAUUGACACAUGCAACCGUUGGAGACUUGGUUUAUCAUAAGUACGGAUGGUCCUGUGACGGCUCCAACAAGGAAAUGUUCUGUAUGACAGUUCACUCGUGUGUCGUAGACGAUGGUCAAGGAUUUGGUCAAAAGUUGGUCGAUGAGAAUGGUUGCUCUCUAGAUGCGUUUAUUUUAAAAGAGCUGGAAUAUAAGGAGAAGAAUCUGGAAGCGGGACAAAUGUCUUCAGUUUUUAAGUUUGCCGAUAAGCCUACCGUAUUCUUCUCGUGUAUGAUUCGAGUGGAAAUGAAGGAGUCUGCUGAGAUGCCUUGUGUGGUGCCAACUGAAAAAUGCAAAAAUCGAUCUCCAUCAGAAUCCCAAAAUCUAGAUGUGAUGACGAGCAAAAAGGUUUCGGAUGAAAUUCCUGCCGGGUUCCCAAGACCACCGAAUGAUACUAGACUUCAGAAUUCUGGAAAGUUCUCCACCGAUUCUGAUUUCUCCGACUUCAUUGAUGAUGAGCUAGAGGUGGAAGUGGAUAAGAUGGGCAAAAUUUCGGCGUCGACAAUGAACAGACUCAUUCGACGAGACAUUUCUGGGAAUAAAAACAAGAUUCUGGCAGAUUUAGACGUCGUUGCGCCUUCUGUAGACGUUCAGGACCUUCCAGAGUCGGAAUUGGGGACCUUGCGAAAAGAUAAAUCCAGAAAACUACUGAAAACCGUGUCAUCCUCAGAAGUGUGUUUCACAAAAACCAAUAUAAUUUUGAGUUUGCUCAUUCUUGUGGCACUUGGCAUUGUUACAGUAUCCCUGAUGUAUUUGGUGAUUAGUAGGAUUGCAGAGAAAGAACUCUUGGAAUUUUCAGAUAUUUUGGUUUUUCAGAAUUUCUGGACUUUCAGAUUUUUAGGAUAUUUAGAUUUUUCAGAUUUCCAGUUUUCCUUUGGUAUUUCCAGAAAUUCGCUCGAAAAAAGUGCAAGAAACUUCCACUGCCAGAUUUCUCGCGAUGAAUGA